AUGUCUGACAGCGAAAACGACGCGUCUGUGCUGGGGAAACGGUCCAGGAAUGGCCAGGAGGCCGAAGAACAUAGCGCGAAAGAGGUGGAGGCGCAACCCGAUCCUAUGGACGCAGAGGACGACAGCGAUGAUGACGUCGGACCAAUGCCUAUGCCUGUAGAUGCAGCAGGUCCUGUAGCGAAGAAAAAGCGCAAAGUCCUCCCUCAUGAGAAAUUGUACCUUGACCACCUCCCGGGCACGGACCGCUAUUCGAAGAGUUUCAUGCACAGAGAUGUAGUCAACUUCGCCGUCAUGACAAGGACGGAGUUUCUCGUGACGACGUCCAUAGACGGUAUUCUGAAAUUAUGGAAGAAGCAAGAGCACGGCAUUGAGUUCGUGAAGCUUUACCGUGCACACUUGGCCCCGGUCGUCGCGGUCUCCGCGAGUGCGGAUGGGCAGCUGUUCGCCAGCGUCGCGGAGGAUGGGAGCGCGAAGGUAUUCGAUGUUGUGAAUUUCGACAUGAUCAACAUGCUCAAGCUGGGCUAUACCCCGCACGCGUGCUGCUGGGUGCACAAGCGAGGGCAAGCUAUGGGAAUUCUCGCCAUCUCAGAGCGCGGCACUGGGGUCAUCCGCCUAUACGACGGCCGAGGGGACGGGAAACCACUUGAGACGAUUGACAAGUUGCACCGAUUCCCGGUGCAUAUCAUGACAUACAGCGACAGAUAUGAUUGUGUCAUAUCUGCAGACGAGGGCGGAUUCGUGGAGUACUGGCAGCCUUUGGAGCCCUUCGAGCUGCCCCGAAACGUCCACGGCCUGUGGAAUUACAAAAGCGAAACGGACCUGUACGAGUUCAAGAAGUCGAAAUCCACGCCAACGUGCAUCAGCCUCUCGCCCGACUCGACCCAUUUCGUCACAUUCUCGCUACCCGAUCGUCAAAUACGGAUAUUCUCCUUCCUCUCCGGAAAGAUGACGCGCAAGUACGACGAGUCGCUCUCGGCUGUCCAAGAGAUGCAGCAAGCAGGUACGGCCGUGUACAAGGUCGAGGACAUGGAGUUCGGGCGUCGGCUGGCGGCCGAGCGCGAGUUGGAGCUGCCUGGACCGGAUGACCGGAUACCCGGCAUGUGGAUCAAUGCGGUCUGGGACGAGAGCGGGUCGUUCGUGAUCUAUCCCACUUUGCUUGGGAUCAAGGUCGUGAACACGGUCACCAACAGGGUUGUCCGACUGCUCGGUAAAGAUGAGACGGUGCGGUUCAUGAACCUGACCCUCUACCAAGGCGCCCCAGCGAAAAAGGGCCGCUCUACAGCGGCCGCUGUAGCUUCGUCGAAUCCCUUGUUGGCCGAAAAGUCCGUGCGUGAUCCGACACUGAUUUGUACGGGUUACAAGAAACCACGAUUCUACAUGUUCACGCGAUCCGAACCCGAGGACGACAAGUCCGGCGACCGCGACGUGUUCAACGAGCGCCCAACGCGCGAAGAGCAGUCCAUCGCCUCCUCUGCGCCCGCCAUCCGCGGAGGCCCUUCGCCCGUUGCGAACAGCGCGACGAUCCACACGACACUCGGCGACAUGCAUCUGCGGCUGUUCCCACAACAAGCGCCGAAAGCCGUGGAGAACUUCGUGGGCCAUGCACGCAGCGGGUACUUCGAGGGUGUGAUCUUCCACCGUGUCAUCUCGAAGUUCAUGAUCCAGACGGGCGAUCCCCUCGGCGAUGGCACGGGUGGAUCGUCUAUUUGGGGACACGAAUUCGAGGACGAGUUCUCGGACGACUUGAAGCACGACAGGCCGUACACGGUCAGCAUGGCGAACGCGGGUCCGGGCACGAACGGGUCGCAGUUCUUCAUCACGACGACUGCGACGCCGUGGCUGGACAAAAAACACACAAUCUUUGGGCGUGUGUUGUCUGGGCUGGAGGUGGUGCACGCGAUCGAGAAUGUGAAGACGAACAAGGUGGACAAGCCGUACGAGGACAUCAAGAUCGUCAGCAUAGAUAUCGAGUAACCUGUGGCUUCGUGUAUCUUGUAUUCUCGUAGUAGGGUUGUGUAACGAUACCAUGGUG